AUGAAAAGCCCAAUAGCAGGACAAUGGGGAGAAUGGGGAUCUUGGGGUACUUGUCAGAUGCCACCAGGAAGUAGUGGUUACGGAACUGGUACGCAUGUGCGGUAUCGAGCUUGUACCAAUCCCAGUCCUAAAUGUUAUGGAGAUUACUGUAUCGGUGAUGAUGAGGUUACGGAGAACUGUAGAGUUGUACCUCCUUGUUUCAACUACCCCAUGUUCAGUGAUAAAUUUCUACUCCUGGAAUCUCCAAUGGUGAUAUAUACGUCAGCAAAAGUAGACAUAUAUUUACUUACUAAAAACAAAUGUGCACCUGAAACCAUUAUCCACACUUAUUACGAGUUAUAUAAAAUACACAAUGAAACCACAGAGAUUCAGAUUGGAGAAACACAAUGGGACAUAAAGUUUAUGUUUAGUCCCGGAAAACUGGAUUUAGGUGUUUAUCGCUUAUAUGCAAAAAUAGGAUAUCCCACGAGAAAUAUGGAAUUUUGGAUGGAAGAAUCAAUGUUUAUCAAGAUAGAACAUCCGCCGCCACACGCCUUUAUAAAAGGAGGCGAUGGAAGGACGGUUGGGGAAGGAAACGUAGACUUUGAUGCACACUCAGAGUCCGGUGAAACAUUGACCACAGUAGCACCAUGGUAUGAUCUUCAUCAGUUGAAGAUAUUUUAUGAUAUAGACUACAUGUACGAAAUGGAGUUUAAUCCAAGCCAAGAACUAAGUACAGCGUAUGUCAUACCUGUCCAAGCACAAAGUAUUCUCGUGAAAAAUGAAAUGUUAGAAUUUUUUGAAUAUUUAUACGAUGCAGAUUCUGAAAUAUUUCGACAGAAAGACACGAUUGACUUUUUUGAAGGUCUAUCUGACAGUUCACUAACAUUAGAUAGUUUGUAUCAACUGAAUACAUUACCAGGACUACCUGCAAGCGCCAACGCUACUUUCUUUGAAAAUUUGUAUGAAUGGUUGCAGAAUGCUGAUGUGUCAGAAUCUAUAACAUAUGGUUUGAUAGACCUAUUGGAUAAUUUUAAGUUAGUUAAAGAAAUUAUAAUGGAAGCAAUUGAACUGACCGAAAUAAUGGAAAUAGAAUCAUUUUUCCUAUUAAAAAUUGACGAUUCGGGUAAAUGUCUAUUAGAAUAUCUCGGAGAGAUAUUUGAAGGGUUCAUUACAAUUAAUUCGAUCAGUUGGCAAAACAUGAAGGAGCAGGAACAAUACUACUUGCGUUGGUUGGAGGAAGAGUUGUUCACUUCCGGUAACUGUCAUUUAUUCAAUGCUUUUAACGGAAAUGCAAAUCUGGUUGUUACGUCACAGAAUGUUUUAGAAGGGAUGGGAUUUCUUCUUUAUGUGAGAGUAGAAUUUGAGCAAUCUGUUAGUUACUUUAUACAACAUGUACAGUCAAUCCCUGGAAACGCUCCUUUUCUUGAUUUAGAGUGA